UCUGUGUAUGUUUCAGUUUUGAUUUUACGUUGGUAUUUUUGUGCCAAGAAACAUAACUCUUUAAAAUAGUUUUAGUGAUUUUCUUUACUCAGUAAUAAAAUGAACCAAUAUGAGACAGAAAGACGUUUAUCCUGGUGUUAUGGUUUGUUGGCUGUUUUGCUAGGAGUUUCUGUAAUAAGCACAGCAAUACCACACAAUCACUGGAGAGCAACACUCGAUGUGUGCCCGGGUAGUUGGCUUGAGAACACUAAUUGUGGUUGCAUUUUCUAUGGAGUUAGUACAUUUCAAUACUUUAGCGGAGGACACAACUCUUAUUGCCUGUAUGUUAUAUUUGCCCCAUUACCGAUAAUAGUAUAUGCCUUGGUGAUGACUCUAUUUCAUAUGUAUAGAGUUUGUAUUAAUAAUAUAGGACAAUAUGAAAGUGAAAAGUCAACAACAGUAGAAGAAAUUGAGGGAGAAUCUAUAAUAGUGACUUCCAGAGCAAGAAUAUCGCAAACAAAUGAUGCGGUUAUAUAUUGUUGGAUACCAACAUCAUGCAUAGCUGCCAUCUUUACUGUUUACAAUUUAGUUCAUGCUGCGAUAAUGACCGAUGGUUUCCUUAAAACUUGUCAUCAAUACAGAGGAUAUUUAGUUCGGGAACUCCAUGCUACUGGGGACCAUGCUACAGCCAUACACUUUCGUCUAAGCUGUCAAGCUAUUUUCGACUUUAUGGAUUAUAUACAAAAAGAUGCACCAAACAGCCGAAGAGGAGAUUUUAUAAACACAGGCAUUGCCUUGCAAUUGGCUUUAAUAACAACGUGGCUGGCUGUUAUUUUGUGGAUAGUGGUUGCAGCAUAUGCAGCCAUAAGAGCUUAUAAAGAAAGGGAGGUUUUGACAUGCUGUGGAAACUAAUUUCCUCAAUAUAUGCAAGUAUAUGUAAUUAUUUAUUUUUAUGCAAAAAUUGAUAGUUUAAUUUUAGUAUGAUAACUUGGCCCCAGUAAGUAUUUUUUUUAUUAUUUGUCACAAUUCAACAAUAUACUUAUAGGAUUUACUUGUUAAGAACCUUAUGUUUACAAAAGUCAUUGCUAUUGCAUAAAUAACAAAUAAUAGUUUUAGUUGGUUUUAUCCCACCGUGACUUAUUUUAAACUCUAUUUUUAUUGUGACAACAAAAAUUUUUCUACUUACUAUAAGGAAUAACUUUUACAGUGUUAAUUAUAAUAAAAAGGUAUAUUUAUUAAAGACAAUGUAGAUUGUAGUUAAAUAUAUUUUUAAUAAAUAAGUAUAAUUUAUAUAUGAUGGCAUGAAAUGUAAAAAUGUGGAAAUAAAGAUAAUUUUUUAAGUAAUUGCUUUAUCAAAACAAAUUAAAUUAAAUUUGUUUUCAAACAAUAAUUUAUUUACAUUGUACAUGGUAUAAUUGGGAGACAACAGGCUGCCUGCCAGAUUGAUAUACAUUUUAUAUUGAUUACAUUAUUGGUUUACUUAUUUGCAAAAAAUCACUGAAUGUUUUAAAAAUAGAUUAAUUAUUUAUACAUAGGUAUAUAUAGUUAACACUUCUAGUACAGAAUGCAUACAACUACCACUUAGAUUUUUUUCGUUUUUAUUUUGCAAUCAGACAGCAGACUAUGAGCAGAUGGUGGUAAGGUAGAAUAGCUUAACCAUCGGGAAGAUCCCCCGUUUGUCAAAUUUGCCGUUCUUAUAGUAUGCAAACCACCUUACCACGGCUCUCAGCCAUAAUAAGGUGCACCUUCCCAUGGCUCUCAGUCAUCAGCCAUCUCAGCGGUAAUAACGCAUUCGGGUGGUUAGAAAGUCUUGUCUUAUAGGUGGACUGUUUGUUUUCCAUAAUAAUACCACUUACUCACUAUAGAAAAUUAAAAAACAUUUUAGAUGUCAUAUAUAAGUCAAUGUAAAAUCAAUUGUCAUUGAAAAAUCAGUCUAUGUUCAUUACUGCAUUUAGUGAUUAUUUGCAAUUUUUCAAAUCUUAAGCCGAUAUAUAGACUGAUAGUUAAACAUACUUUUUGUAAAAAAAAAUCUAAUCAAAAUAAAAUUUCGUACAAAUUUUAUUAAUUCUCUCAGAUCUUUACAUUGCAUAUUUUAAUAAAACUGUGCAAGAACAAAUAGUUAUGAAUUUCUUGUACUGUAACAAUUAGAUUAGCCAUUAUGUCUUAUUCUUCAGAUUCCAUUCCAUUUUAA